CCGACGCCGACUACGCUCCCCAUGGCGGACUGGGUAGAGACGUGCUCUGCCGGCCGCAAGGCCCGGGGUCCUCGCGCCUCCCGAAACGUCGCAGGUACUAAGCAGACAAGUGCCUUGAAACAAGAAGACGCUUCUAAAAGGAAAGCAGAACUAGAAGCAGUUGUCAGAAAGAAGAUUGAGUUUGAGAGAAAAGCUCUACGUAUUGUUGAACAGCUUUUAGAAGAGAAUAUUACAGAAGAAUUCCUAAGGGAGUGUGGGAAGUUCAUCACACCUGCUCACUAUAGUGAUGUCGUGGAUGAGCGUGCUAUCAUCAAACUCUGCGGCUAUCCCUUAUGUCGGAAGAAGCUAGGAAUUGUACCAAAACAGAAAUAUAAAAUUUCUACCAAAACCAAUAAAGUCUAUGAUAUUACUGAAAGAAAGUGUUUUUGCAGCAAUUUUUGUUAUAAAGCAUCUAAGUUUUUUGAAGCACAAAUUCCUGAAACUCCAGUGUGGGUUCGAGAAGAAGAAAGACCUCCUGAUUUUCAGCUGCUACAGGAAGGACAAAGUGGUCGUUCUGGAGAAGAAAUACAGUUAUGCAGUAAGGCCAUUAAAACAUCAGAUGUUGACAGUCCUGGCCAUUUUGAGAAGCAUGAUGAAUCUAGUUCUUCUGGCACUCAUAGUGAUAGUAGCAGUGAUAAUGAGCAAGACUUUGUUUCCUCCAUUCUACAAGGAAACAGACCAAAUGCAACGGGUAUAAGGCCACAGCUGCACAAAAAAAGCAUAAUGAAGAAGAAAGCUGGUCAAAAGGUUAACUCCAAACAUGAAAGCAAAGAACAGACAGUAAUAGAUGUCACUGAGCAGUUAGGCAAUUGCAGAUUAGAUAGUGAGGAGAAAGCUGCUGCUUGUGAACUUCCUUUACAGAAUGUAAAUACUCAGAUUUCUUCAAAUAGGUCUCCGCAAGAAAAAUUAGAAGCUUUAAAAAUUUCUGAAAAUAAAUACAAUAGUUCAAAAAUAACUCUUGUAGGCAUAAGUAAGAGUGCUGAGCAUUUUAAGAGGAAAUUUGCCAAAUCGAACCAAGUUUCUAGGUCAGCUUCUAGUUCAGUGCAGGUGUGCCCUGAAGUUGCAAAGGCAAACUUACUUAAAGCGCUGAAGGAGACUUUGAUUGAGUGGAAGACAGAAGAAACUUUGAGGUUUUUGUAUGGCCAGAAUUAUGCUUCUGUAUGUCUGAAACCCUCUUCAGCCCCUCUGGUUAAGGAAGAAGAACUUGAUGAAGAUGAUGUGAACUGUGACCCAGACAGUCAUUCCCCUGCCUUGCAGGAAUCUCAGAACAGCUUGGAUGAGUCUUUACCGUUUAGAGCCUCAGAUACAGCCAUUAAACCACUGCCAAGUUAUGAGAACUUGAAAAAAGAAACUGAAACAUUAAAUCUAAGGAUCAGGGAGUUUUAUAGAGGACGAUAUGUUUUGAAUGAAGAAACCACCAAAUCACAAGACUCGGAAGAGCAUGAUCCCACCUUUCCACUGAUAGAUUCAAGUUCUCAGAACCAGAUUAGAAAACGCAUCGUACUUGAAAAAUUGAGUAAAGUAUUGCCUGGACUUUUGGGGCCUCUUCAGAUUACAUUAGGAGAUGUUUACGCACAACUUAAAAAUCUUGUCCGAACUUUCAGAUUAACAAACAGAAAUAUUAUACAUAAACCUGCAGAGUGGACAUUAAUUGCUUUGGUGUUGCUGUCAUUUGGUUAA